AUGCAGGAUUUUGAGAAUGAGUGUCAGGCUAUGGGUGCCUUUGGGGGGAAGAUGAAACAUAUUAUUCAGAUGUAUGGGAAUUCGAAGGAUGAGGUGGGGCAGGGGUCUUAUGAGUGAGUCUUUUUUUUCUUUCUUUGGACUUUUCCUUUUCUAUCCCAUGUGUUACUGCAUGCGAUUGUGGAUUCUUUACUUUGGUGGAGAGGGGUGGUUUGGUUAUUUGUUUGGUUUUCACUAGAGGGUCUUGAGAUGAAUGAGAUGAAAUGGCUAAUAUUAUUCCAACAGAAGCGAUGAGGACGCACCGGGUUUAGAUCCCCUGGGACAGAAAGUCUAGAGAGUAUUCCUAGAUUACUGCGACGCAGGGGAUAUGGACGAUUAUUCGCGUCGACUCUACAAGUGCGUAUCCCUUCUCCCAUCCAACAUCACUUUCUCCAGACUCAGACUAACAACUCCCUUAGACAAUACACGGCCGAAAACCCGAUUCCCGAAAAGAUAAUCUGGUUAGUUACCCGCUACUUCACUUCCCAUUUUCCCCCUUUCAUAAAGCAUUCUUUUCUUUUUUUUUGGAAGAAGAAGGACCUUGGCUAACAUAAGCAUCUUUUCUCAUUCUAGGAAAUUGUUUCUGUGCUUGGCUCAAGGUUGUGCUAUGCUUGAGAACGGAGACGAAGAUUUGUCGGGGGACCCGGUUUUUGGUGAGGAUCUUAAUUGUGUUCAUUUUGAUAUGAAGAAUGAGAAUGGUGUGUUUGACUCCAUCCCUACUUAUCCCGUCUUUAAUAUUCACAAAACAUGCCCCCCAAUAUACGGAUUGGGAGAUAGAGAGCUGAUACAACCUUUUUCUUGUUGAAUAGUUUUUAUCAAAACGACCGAUGAUGAGCAUACAGAGACACCGUUGCUUGUGGUGAGUAAUCCUCUUUUUCCUUUAGAGAUCAAAAUUGCGAAGCGUCCAGUAAGAGUCAUGGUAGCUAACUCAAACAUUGCUAGAUUGGCGAUCUAGGACUUAUUCAAAUCAUUUCGAGACCCCCUAUGUCGAUAAGUCAAUAUCGACUAAUGCAAAGAAUUGGAACGAUAAUUGCUCUACCACCUGUAAGUACUACACUUCCAAUUUCCAGCUCCGCUUUCUCAUCCGUCUUGAGAGCGCAAUCACAAGACCAAGACUGGUGGCUAAAUAAAUUGUAUAGGAACAAUAUGAAAGCUCUUACGUCGCAGACUUUGGUAUAAAACAAUACCUCGGCACCGGAAUAAACAUCUGGUAUCCCCCCUUCCCCCCCUCCCUCAUCCCCAUUCCAAAAAAAAACAAAACUAACCCUCUCAGGGGCAUCGGAAAAAUCAUGCACCACCUCAUAACGCGAGCGCGCGAAUGCAUUCCCCAAGCGUACUUCAACGUGCCGCUUCCCUAUCAAUACAUGUGGACGCAGCUCGACACCGAGGACGCGCAAUCCUGGGUGAUGACACAAGGACCGUUGUUGCUGGAAGCGCCGUACUCGUAUCAGCUCCGUCGCAUCGUGCUGAAGUGCUUGGCGAUGGAUUAUAAUAAGAGGCCGAGUGCGAGGGAGUUGUUGGGUGUUAUUACGCAGGCGUUGGGGGAGAUUGAAAGGAGUGAGGGGAUGGCAGGGGGUGGGGAUGAGAUGGAUUUGGAUGAGGAGAUGGAGAAUGCGGCGGUGAAUUUGGGGAGGUUGGAUGUUGAAGAUGUGGGUGAGGGGGUGUGA